CUUAUAUACAUGCAUCAAACACAAAUUCAUUCAUCAGUUGCGCAGUAUAUGAAGUGUUGUGGUGCUGAUUAGGUGGAACAUAACCUUUGAGAAAUAGUAGCUGUUCAUCCUGAUGAAGCUGAUUCCUUCUCUGACUCUGAUCUGGGCACUCACCAGCACAGCUGGAGCCCUUCAGUGUCAAAACUGCACAGAUUCAGCGUGUUCAAACACAAUAUUGCAAACAUGCACCUCAGAGACGAUGUGUGUAACAGCUUCCAUUUCAGCCAUUUUAAAUGGAGGAACACCAAACCAAGCCUACAAGGCAUGUGCACCACCCUCCCUGUGUCCAGUCCCAGGCUCUGCAACAUUUUUAUUGAGUGGUUCAAGUACACUUGAAUCUGCUCAGUGCUGCAACACUGACAACUGCAACUUAGAAACUCACCCAACUGCACAGUCAUUUAAUGGAAAACACUGCUUUUGUAGCCCCACCACCUCUCAAUGCACCGUUUCAUGUAGGGGAGAUGAGGACACAUGCUUUCAAGCUGAUGUGACGACAGAGUCCAUCAACCUUCAAGUGUUUGGCUGCACAACGGAAAGAAUGUGUGCUGCUGCUGCGAGUGUGGGAAGUCUACCGUUCAUGGAAACUAUUGGAUACACAGCCAGUGGACCAACAUGCACCAACAGUGUGACUACUGUAUCAACAACAACGAUUGCGCAAACAACAACUGCUGCUGCAAUCACAACUGUUUUCUCAGCAACUGCUUCUCCAACCACAUCAGCAGCCCCAACAACAACAUCUGCUCCAACAACUGAAGCAGUAACAACAACUGAGGACCCAACUACAACUGCUGCAGUAAGAACAACUGCUAAACCAACAACAACUGCUGCCCCAACAACAACUGCUGUCCAAACAACAACUGCUGCCCCAACAACAACUGCUGUCCAAACAACAACUGCUGCCCCAACAACCUCAGCUGCUGCAACAACUUAUGCAGCAAUAACAACAACUGCAGCCCCAACAACUACUGCUGCCAUAUCAACAACUGCUGCCCCAACAACAACUGCUGCCCAAACCACAACAGCUGUCCCACAAACUUCUGCUGUAGUAACAACAACUGUUGCCCCAACAAUGACUGCUGCACCAUCAACAACUGCUGUAGUAACAACUGCUGCCCCAACCACAACUGCUGCCCAGACAACUGCUGCCCCAACAACAACGGCUGCCCCAACAACUACUGCAGUAACAACUGCUGCUCCAACCACAACUGCUGCCCUAACAGCAACUGCUGCACCAACAACAACUGCUGCACCAACAACUGCUGCCCCAAUGACAACUGCUGCCCCAACAAUGACUGCUGCCCCAACAACAACUGCUGUCUCAACCACAACUGUUGCCCCAACCACAACUGUUGCCCCAACCACAACUGCUGUCCCAACCACAACUGCUACCCUAACAGCAACUGCUGCACCAACAACAACUGCUGCCCCAACCACAACUGCUGCUCCAACCACAACUGCUGCCCCAUCAACAACUGCUGCCCCAACCACAACUGCAGCCCCAACCACAACUGCUGCCCUAACAACAACUGCUGCCCCAACGACCACUGCUGCCACAACAGCUGCCCCAACAACUUCCACUGCAGUAACAACAACUGUUGGCCCAACAAUGACUGCUGCCCAAACAACAACUGCUGCCCCAACAACAGCUGCUGCUCCAUCGACAACUCCUGUAGUCACAACUGCUGCCCAAACAACAUCUGUUGCCCCGACCACAACUGCUGCUCCAACCACAACUGCUAGAGUAACAACAACUUCUGCCCCAACAACGACUGCUGCUCCAACCACAACUGCUAUCCCAACCACAACUGCUGCUCCAACCACAACUGCUGCCCUAACAGCAACUGCUGCACCAACAACAACUGCUGCCCCAACAAUGACUGCUGUCCCAACAACAACUGCUGUCUCAACCACAACUGUUGCCCCAACCACAACUGUUGCCCCAACCACAACUGCUGUCCCAACCACAACUGCUGCCCUAACAGCAACUGCUGCACCAACAACUGCUGCACCAACAACUGCUGCCCCAAUGACAACUGCUGCCCCAACAACAACUGCUGCUCCAACCACAACUGCUACCCAAACAACAACUGCUGCCCCAACCACAACUGCUGCUCCAACCACAACUGCUGCCCCAUCAACAACUGCUGCCCCAACCACAACUGCAGCCCCAACCACAACUGCUGCCCUAACAACAACUGCUGCCCCAACGACCACUGCUGCCACAACAGCUGCCCCAACAACUUCCACUGCAGUAACAACAACGGCUGCCCCAACAACAGCUGCUGCUCCAUCGACAACUCCUGUAGUCGCAACUGCUGCCCAAACAACAUCUGUUGCCCCGACCACGACUGCUGCUCCAACCACAACUGCUGCCCCAACCACAACUGCUGCUCCAACCACAACUGCUGCCCUAACAGCAACUGCUGCACCAACAACAACUGCUGCCCCAACAACGACUGCUGCUCCAACCACAACUGCUGCCCCAACCACAACUGCUGCCCCAACAACAACUGUUGCCCCAACCACAACUGCUGCUCCACCCACAACUGCUGCCCUAACAGCAACUGCUGCACCAACAGCAACUGCUGCACCAACAACUGCUGCCCCAACGACAACUGCUGCCCCAAGAACAACUGCUGCUCCAACCACAACUGCUGCCCAAACAACAACUGCUGCCCCAACCACAACUGCUGCUCCAAACACAACUGCUGCCCUAACAACAACUGCUGCCCCAACGACAACUGCUGCCCCAACAACAACGGCUGCGGCAACUAUAACGGCUGCCCCAACAACUUCGCCUGCGGUAACAACAACUAUUUCCCCAUCCACAACUGCUGCCCCAUCAACUGCUGCCCAAACAACCACUGCUGCCACAACAGCUGCCCUAACAAUGACUGCUGCCCAGUCAACAACUGCUGUAGUAACAACAACUGCUGCCCCAACCACAACUGCUGUAGUAACAACAACUGCUGCCCCAACCACAACUGCUGCCCAAACAACUGCUGACCCAACAACAGCUGCUGCUCCAUCGACAACUCCUGUAGUCACAACUGCUGUCCAAACGACAUCUGUUGCCCUAACCACAACUGCUGCCCUAACGACAACUGCUGCCCCAACAACAACGGCUGCAGCAACUAUAGCGGCUGCCCCAACAACUUCCACUGCAGUAACAACAACUGUUGGCCCAACAAUGACUGCUGCCCAAACAACAACUGCUGCCCCAACAACAGCUGCUGCUCCAUCAACAACUCCUGUAGUCGCAACUGCUGCCCAAACAACAUCUGUUGCCCCGACCACAACUGCUGCUCCAACCACAACUGCUGGAGUAACAACAACUUCUGCCCCAACAACGACUGCUGCUCCAACAACAGCUGCUGCUCCAUCGACAACUCCUGUAGUCGCAACUGCUGCCCUAACAACAACUUCUGCCCCAACCACAACUGCUGCUCCAACCACAACUGCUGGAGUAACAACAACUUCUGCCCCAACAACGACUGCUGCUCCAACCACAACUGCUGCCCCAACCACAACUGCUGCUCCAACCACAACUGCUGCCCUAACAGCAACUGCUGCACCAACAACAACUGCUGCCCCAACAAUGACUGCUGCCCCAACAACAACUGCUGUCUCAACCACAACUGUUGCCCCAACCACAACUGUUGCCCCAACCACAACUGCUGUCCCAACCACAACUGCUGCGCUAACAGCAACUGCUGCACCAACAACAACUGCUGCACCAACAACUGCUGCCCCAAUGACAACUGCUGCCCCAACAACAACUGCUGCUCCAACCACAACUGCUACCCAAACAACAACUGCUGCCCCAACCACAACUGCUGCUCCAACCACAACUGCUGCCCCAUCAACAACUGCUGCCCCAACCACAACUGCAGCCCCAACCACAACUGCUGCCCUAACAACAACUGCUGCCCCAACGACCACUGCUGCCACAACAGCUGCCCCAACAACUUCCACUGCAGUAACAACAACUGUUGGCCCAACAAUGACUGCUGCCCAAACAACAACUGCUGCCCCAACAACAGCUGCUGCUCCAUCGACAACUCCUGUAGUCGCAACUGCUGCCCAAACAACAUCUGUUGCCCCGACCACAACUGCUGCUCCAACCACAACUGCUGGAGUAACAACAACUUCUGCCCCAACAACGACUGCUGCUCCAACAACAGCUGCUGCUCCAUCGACAACUCCUGUAGUCGCAACUGCUGCCCUAACAACAACUUCUGCCCCAACCACAACUGCUGCUCCAACCACAACUGCUGGAGUAACAACAACUUCUGCCCCAACAACGACUGCUGCUCCAACCACAACUGCUGCCCCAACCACAACUGCUGCCCCAACCACAACUGCUGCUCCACCCACAACUGCUGCCCUAACAGCAACUGCUGCACCAACAACAACUGCUGCACCAACAACUGCUGCCCCAACGACAACUGCUGCCCCAAGAACAACUGCUGCUCCAACCACAACUGCUGCCCAAACAACAACUGCUGCCCCAACCACAACUGCUGCUCCAAACACAACUGCUGCCCUAAUAACAACUGCUGCCCCAACGACAACUGCUGCCCCAACAACAACGGCUGCGGCAACUAUAACGGCUGCCCCAACAACUUCGCCUGCGGUACCAACAACUAUUUCCCCAUCCACAACUGCUGCCUCAUCAACUGCUGCCCAAACAACCACUGCUGCCACAACAGCUGCCCUAACAAUGACUGCUGCCCAGUCAACAACUGCUGUAGUAACAACAACUGCUGCCCCAACCACAACUGCUGUAGUAACAACAACUGCUGCCCCAACCACAACUGCUGCCCAAACAACUGCUGACCCAACAACAGCUGCUGCUCCAUCGACAACUCCUGUAGUCACAACUGCUGCCCAAACGACAUCUGUUGCCCUAACCACAACUGCUGCCCUAACGACAACUGCUGCCCCAACAACAACGGCUGCAGCAACUAUAGCGACUGCACCAACAACUUCAUCUGCAGUACCAAAAACUAUUUCCCCAUCCACAACUGCUGCCCCAACCACAACUGCAGUCCCAACCACAGCUGCUGCCCUAACAACAACUGCUGCCCCAACGACCACUGCUGCCACAACAGCUGCCCCAAUAACUUCCACUGCAGUAACAACAACUGUUGGCCCAACAAUGACUGCUGCCCCAUUAACAACUGCUGUAGUAACAACAACUGCUGCCCCAACCACACCUGCUGCCCAAAACACAACUGCUGCCCUAACCACAACUGCUGCCCAAACAACAACUGCUGCCCCAAAAACAGCUGCUGCUUCAUCGACACCUCCUGUAGUCACAACUGCUGCCCAAACAACAUCUGUUGCCCCAACCACAACUGCUGCCCCAACCACAAUUGCUGCUUCAACCACAACUGCUGGAUUAACAAAGACUUCUGCCCCAACAAUGACUGCUGCUCUAACCACAACUGCUGCCCCAACCACAACUGCUGCCCCAACCACAACUGCUGCUCCAACCACAACUGCUGCCCUAACAGCAACUGCUGCACCAACAAAAACUGCUUCCCCAUCAACAACUGCUGCCCCAACGACUACUGCAGUAACAACAACUGCUGCCCCAACGACAACUGCUGCCCCAAGAACAACUGCUGCUCCAACCACAACUGCUGCCCAAACAACAACUGCUGCCCCAACAAUGACUGCUGCCCAAUCAACAACUGCUGCCCCAACGACAACUGCUGCCCCAACAACAAUGGCUGCAGCAACUACAACUGCAGCCCCAACCACAACUGCUGUCCCAACUACAACUGCUGCCCCAACCACAACUGCUGCCCCAACCACACCUGCUGCCCAAAACACAACUGCUGCCCCAACCACAACUGCUGCCCAAACAACAACUACUGCCCCAACAACAGCUGCUGCUCCAUUAACAACUCCUGUAGUCACAACUGCUGCCCAAACGACAUCUGUUGCCCUAACCACAACUGCUGCCCUAACGACAACGGAUGCGGCAACUAUAGCGGCUGCACCAACAACUUCAUCUGCAGUACCAAAAACUAUUUCCCCAUCCUCAACUGCUGCCCCAACCACAACUGCAGUCUCAACCACAGCUGCUGCCCUAACAACAACUGCUGCCCCAACAACCACUGCUGCCACAACAGCUGCCCCAACAACUUCCACUGCAGUCACAAAAACUGUUGGCCCAACAAUGACUGCUGCCCCAUUAACAACUGCUGUAGUAACAACAACUGCUGCCCCAACCACACCUGCUGCCCAAAACACAACUGCUGCCCCAACCACAACUGCUGCCCAAACAACAACUGCUGCCCCAACAACAGCUGCUGCUUCAUCGACAACUCCUGUAGUCGCAACUGCUGCCCAAACAACAUCUGUUGCCCCAACCACAACUGCUGCCCUAACAACAACUGCUGCCCCAACCACAAUUGCUGCUCCAACCACAACUGCUGGAGUAACAACAACUUCUGCCCCAACAAUGACUGGUGCUCUAACCACAACUGCUGCCCCAACCACAACUGCUGCCCCAACCACAACUGCUGCCCCAACAACAACUGUUGCCCCAACCACAACUGCUGCUCCAACCACAACUGCUGCCCUAACAGCAACUGCUGCCCCAACGACAACUGCUGCCCCAUCAACAACUGCUGCCCCAACGACUACUGCAGUAACAACAACUGCUGCCCCAACGACAACUGCUGCCCCAACCACAACUGCUGCCACAACAACUUCCUCUGCAGUGACAACGGUUUCCACAACUACAACUGUUACCCCAACAAUGACUGCUGCCCCAUCAACAACUGCUGUAAAAACAACUGCUACCCCAACCACAACUGCUGCCCCAACAACAGCUGCUGCUCCAUCGACAACUCCUGUACUCACAACUGCUGCCCAAACGGCAACUGUUGCCCCAACCAAAACUGCUGCUCCAACCACAACUGCUGCAGUAACAAAAACUUCUGAAUCAACGACUGCUGCUCGAACCACAACUGCUGCAGUAACAACAACUUCUGCCCCAACAACGACCGCUGCCCCAUCAACAACGGCUGCCCCAACAACGACUGCAGUAACAACAACUGCUGCCCAAACAACAACUGCUGCCCGAACAACAGCUGCUGCUCCAUCAACAACUCCUGUACUCACAACUGCUGCCCAAACCACAACUGCUGCCCCAACCACAACUGCUGCCCUAGCAACAACUGCUGCAGUAACCACAACUUCUGAACCAAUGACUGCUGCUCCAACCACAACUGCUGCAGUAACAUCAACGGCUGCCCCAACCACUACUGCAGUAACAACAACUGCUGCCCCAACAACAGCUGCUGCUCCAUCGACAACUCCUGUACUCACAUCUGCUACCCAAACCACAACUGUUGCCCCAGCCACAACUGGUGCCCAAAUAACAACUGCUGUCCCAACAACAACUGCUGCUCCAACCACAACUGCUGCCCCAACCACAACUUCUGCCCUAACAACAACUGCUACUCCAACCACAACUGCAGCAGUAACAACAACUUCUGCACCAACAACGACUGCUGCCCCAUCAACAACUGGUGCACCAACCACAACUGCUGCCCCAACAACAACGGCUGCCCCAACAACAGCUGCUGCUCCAUCGACAACUCCUGUACUCACAACUGCUGCCCAAACCACAACUGCUGCCCCAACCACAACUGCUGCCCCAACAACAACUGCUGCUCCAUCGACAACUCUUGUAGUCACAACUGCUGCCCCAAGCACAACUGCUGCCCCAAGGACAACUGCUGCCCAGACAACAACUGCUGCCCCAACAGCACCUGCUGCCCCAUCCACAACUGCUGCCCCAACCACAACUUCUGCCCUAACAACAACUGCUGCCCCAACCACAACUGCUACUCCAACCACAACUGCUGUAGUAACAACAACUGCUGCCCCACCAACAGCUGCUGCUCCAUCGACAACUGCUGCAGUCACAACUGCUGCCCCAACCACUACUGCAGCAACAACUGCUGCCCCAACCACAACAGCUGACCCAACAACUUCUGCUGCAGUAACAACAACUGUUGCCCCAACAAUGACUGCUGGCCAAUCGACAACUGCUGUAGUAACUACAACUGCUGCCCCAACCACAACUGCUACCCAAACAACAACUGCUGCCCCAACCACAACUAUUGCCCCAACCACAACUGCUGCCCUAACAACAACUUCUGAACCAACAACGACUGCUGCUCUAACCACAACUGCUGCCCCAAUGACUACUGCAGUAAUAACUGCUGCCCCAACCACAACUGCUGCCUUAAUCACAACUGCAGCCGAAACAACAACGGCUACCCCAACAACAACUGCUGCCCUAUCAACAACUGCCGUAGUAACAACGGCUACCCCAACAACUUCUGCUGCCCUAACAACUGCUGCCCCAACAACAACUGCUGCUUCAACCACAACUGCUGCCUCGACCACAACUGCUGCCCCAACAACUUCUGCUGCAGUAACAUCUACUGCUGCCCCAACCACAACUGCUGCCCCAACAACAACUGCUGCCAGAACUACAACUGGUGCCCCAACAACUUCUGCUGCAGUACCAACAACUAUUUCCCCAACUACAACAGCUGCAUUAACAACUGUUGCCCCAGCCACAACUGCUGCCCCAACCACAACUGCUUCCCCAACAACUACUGCAGUAACAACUGCUGCCCUAACAACAACUGCUGCCCCAACAACUACUUCAGCCCCAACGACAACUGCUGCCCCAACAACAAUGGCUGCAGCAACUACAACUGCUGCCCCAACCACAACUGCUGCCCUAACAACAACUGCUGCCCCAACCACAACUGCGGCCCUAACAACAACUGCUGCCCCAACAACAGCUGCUGCCCCAUCGACAACUGCUGUAGUCACAACUGCUGCCCAAACCAAACUUGCUGCCCAAACCACAACUGCUGCCCCAACCACAACUGCUGCCCUAACAACAAUGGCUGCAGCAACGGCUGGCCCAACAACUUCUGCUACAGUACCAACAACUAUUUCCCCAAAUACAACUGCUGCAUUAACAACAACUGUUGCCCUAGCCACAACUGCUGCCCCAACCACUAUUGCAUUAACAACGGCUGCAACAACAACAGCUGCCCCAACAACUUCUGCUGCAGUAACAACAACUGUUGCCCCAACAAUGACUGCUGCCCCAACAACAACUGCUGCCCCAACAACAACUGCUGCCCCAACCACAACUGCUGCCCCGACCACAACUGCUGCCCCAACAACGACUGAUGCCCCAACAACAACUGCUGCACCAACCACAACAACAGCUCCGACCACAACUGCUGCUGCAACUACAAUUGCGGCCACGGCCACAACCACUGCCAGUGAUGCAUCUUGCUUCCGACUGAAUAUAUUCCACCUGCUUCUUGGAUUCCUGACCAUCAUCCUGUUUUAGGUCACAGAGACAGGGCCAGCUGCGUAUGAUGUGGCAGAAAGACUCUCAUCAGACAUUUUGCAGCUUGAACCUGGUGUUACUCCGAACUGCUUUCUUUAACAGUGAAUGGAAUCUGGAUGACACUGAGGUGGGAUAUUUUACUGAUAUAAACCCUGCCUCGGCACCGAUAUGAUUACAGUAUAUGUCUGAGAAACAUUUUAUCAAUUGCAGAGAGAAAAUUGCUUGGCAGAAUGUUUGAUCGCUUUCUGUAAUGGUUUGUGAUGUAAACCAUAUGAAAGCACAUCAAAAAAAGACAGUUUAUUAUGUCCGGUCAUUCUCACUUCAGAUUAACUCCUCAGAACAUUAACCUUAGCCUUUUUUGAUGGCUUCACUCUGGUUGACUCAUAUGCCUCCUUGCUUUCCCUGCUCCCUUUGCUUCAUAUGCACUGGGUGAAAAUUAUUAUUUUUUCUUAAUUUAUUUUUUUUUGUGUGUAAAUUUAUUUAUUUGUGUUAUUGUUGGGUUUACUUUAAAAUGAUGUGUGUACCUUGAUAAAUAAGCUAAAGUGAUUAAAUUCAACAUACGGUGAUUAAAUUCAUGCCUCUUUUUCUUAAUUUAUUCUUUUGUUCUUUCAACCGGAUUAAAGAAUGAAAUAUUGUUUUGGUUUCCUUGUAUUGUUGUACAAAUAUCAUACUUCAUUAAAAAAAAAACAAUUAUCUUGUUUAAAUUAAUUUAGUUCAAGACAAGGAAAUAUUUGCAUAUAAUAUCUAAACUUGUUUGGAAGACUGUUCCUCACACUUCACUUGGACCCUACCCUAUGGGGGUAUUGUAGCAAAACUAUUUGUCAAUGCGAAUGGAGAGUUGUCUGUCUGUAUCUCAAUCCGUGUGUCCGAAAUGAGAUUUGUCAACGUGUAAAUGAAUUUGUCUACGCGAACUGAGAUUUGUCAGUGUGAACCGGAAUCUGCAAAAGUCGUAUGAAAAUUUGUCUGUCUGUAAUUAGGUUUUCAAAUG